AUGGAGCUGUAUGCGACAGAAGCAAGGAAGCUAGAUAAGUUCAUCACUGGAAAUCUCCAGCCCAACGAGGACUUCCUGGGCCAGGUGUGCCGGGCCAUCGACAUCAUCUGCGAGUUCCUGCGGAAGAAUUGCUUCAAAGAUGCACCCCGGCCCCGGGUGCUGAAGGUGAUCAAGGGAGGCUCAUCAGGGAAAGGCACUGCUCUGAAAGGGGUUUCGGAUGCUGAUCUUGUGGUGUUUCUCAGCACCUUCAAGACAUACAAGGACCAGGAACUAAACCGGGAGGAGAUCAUCCAGGAGAUUCAGAAGAGGCUUGAAGAAUUCAGGAACAAACCACAAAAGAAUAUUGAUGUAAUUUUUGAGCCAACCAAGUGGGAGAACCCACGUGUGCUCAGCUUCAAGCUCCACUCUUAUGAUCGUGAAGAUUCCAUUUAGUUCGAUGUGCUGCCAGCCUUCGAUGCUCUUGGCCAUACAACAGGCAACAUGCCUCCCCCAGAAGUGUACACUAACCUGAUCAACAGCAGCAGCCGAGGUGGCGAGUUCUCCCCCUGCUUCACUGAGUUACAGAGGUUCUUCAUCAGAGAGCAGAAAACUAAACUGAAGAGCCUCAUCCGCCUGCUGAAGCACUGGUACAAAGAGUACGUCCGUCCGUACAAAAAGUGGCUCCAAGAGGGGGAGUCACUGCCUCCCAAAUAUGCACUGGAGCUCCUGGCUGUCUAUGCCUGGGAGAAAGGAAGUAGGAAGACAAAGUUUGACAUGGCAGAAGGAUUCCGAACGGUGCUUUGGCUCCUCCAGCAAUACAAGCAGCUCUGCAUAUUUUGGACCAAGUACUAUGACUUGCGGAAUGCCACCCUCAGACAAUACCUGAUGGACCAGCUCCAAAAGCCCAGACCUGUCAUCCUGGACCCAGCUGACCCCACUGGACUCCUGGGGAAUGGGAGCCGCUGGGAUCUACUUGCACAAGAAGCUGAACAUUGUUCUCGUCAGAAAUGCUGCACAAACUACUAUGGGUCCCCAGUCCUCCACUGGGAUGUGCCGCUGCAGGCCUUAUGGGAGGAAGAAGCAUCCUAUUGCACCCUCCAAGGUGGGAGAUAUAUUCCAGUCUCAUAUCCAGUGACACCUGGAAGACCAGCUUUAGAAAGACCGGUGCAAUGGGGGGAAGAAGCGACCAUCCGCCAUUAUGGAAUUCGUAGACCUCUUCCAGACCCAUAUCGAAUGCCGGAAAGACAGACCCGCUUCCUGCAGUGCCCCCAGCACCUGUCGCAAGUGGUGGAG